GUUUUCUUCGUUCUCUCUUCCCUUCGUUUUCUCGUCUCUUUUUGAAAAAUGGGUACGGCGGCACGCGAUCUCGAGCAGCAGCAGCAGCAGCAGCGCGAUCGGCAAGCGGACCGGCCCGUGGCGCAGUGCCGGAUCUGUGCGAUCGACAUCACCACUGACGACGACGGGAUGCACAUUUUCGCCGAGGACGGCCGGCGUCAUUAUCUGCAGACCAAAAUACGGAAAUAUCUGCACGUCCUGGUGUCAUCAGAGGACAAAUUUUCAAAGAUGGUCUGUUCUACAUGUAUCAAGAGACUGGAGGGUGUCCAUCGCUUUGCAAUGAUGGCAUACCGUACCCAGGAGAAGUUAAGGUUGCAGCUUUAUGGUAACAUUGACAAUACAAAUCCUAUACAAGAUGUCGAAAUGCAGAAUAUUAAAGGAAUGCAAGAUACUACAAAGAAGACAGAAGAUCGAGGGCUGUUACAUUCGAUCUUGACCAAGGGUGCAAUAGAAAUUUUAACUGAGGACGAACCAUUGGGACCAUCAGAGUCAAACUCUCAAGAGGACAAACAUUGCACUCCGAGUAUGGAGGAAAUGGAGGUGAAAGUGGAUCCGAUGCUAUUUUUGCAAUGCGGUAUGGAACAAUCUGCGUCUGAAGUUUCAGAUUCUUCGGAUAACGAGGAAGAAAUAACAAGGACGCAUACACCAGAGCCGUUAUCUUUAACAAACAAAAAUAUUGAAGCGGAAGAAGAAGAAGACGAAGAGAAAAAAGACGAAAGUGUAUCUAAAUCGCAACAGGACAGUGGGAAAACUAUAUCCAAUGUAUCAGCGAAACCACAUGAAUGUACAAUAUGUGCCAGAUCUUUUAUAUCACAAAUCGGUUUGCAAAAUCACUUAUGGUCGCAUUUACCCAGAGAGAGAAGGUUCGAUGGAAAGUCUAUUUUGCAGUCUCAACAUGUUUAUUCUACGAAUGGUGUGCUUCACACGAAUAGUGAUAACAAUUCGUCCAGUAACUUCAUCUGUCCAAUCUGCAGUAAAAAGAUUUCUACGAAAGGAAAUUUGAAAGUGCAUUUAGAGACUCACAGGCCUAAAGGAAAGUACGGCUGCGACAUAUGUGGAAGAAUUUUUAAAACCCAAUCGAAUCUGUUCAGACACAAGGAGUAUCACGGCGGCGUACAGUUUCCAUGUAAUGUAUGCGGGAGAGUGUAUCCAACGAAUUCGACGUUACGUGCCCACAGCAUAACGCAUUCGGAUUUGAGACCGCAUGCAUGCCCGCUCUGUGAUAAGACAUUCAAGCGAAAUCAGGAUUUGAAAUUCCACAUAAAUCAGCACACAGGUGCGAGGCCUUAUCAGUGUCCUUACUGUCCGAAAGCUUUUGCGAGCUCCGGCAACUGUUUUUCACAUCGUAAAAGAAUGCAUCCCCGGGAAGUCCAUCGAGAUCGACAGAGGGCGGCGGAUCUAAUGAGAUGAACCAUGGGCAGUCAAUAUGAAGACUGGUCUUAGAAUUUCAGAUAAAUGUUCUGCCGAGGUGAUCGUAUAUUGGCCAUGUAUUAGUAUCUGUCGUUAACGUAAACUUUAUUUCCAGAAGUUAACGGUGCUAAGGUACGAAAAUGAGAAUUUUGUAUGUUUUAUUGUUCUUAAAUUAUUUAUACACAUUUAGUGUUAAGUAUGUUGUUGUUGGUAUUAUAUAUUUUGUUAGUUAUUUAUUGGAUACAUGUCCUUCUACUGUCUGAUAGAAGAUGUUCCAUGACACAAGAUAUUGGUCAACUUCCAUUAGUUAGUAAAUUUAGCGUUGAAGCUUUACUAUAAUAAAUAGUAAAGAAAGUAAGUUUAAAAUUUCAUAGCCAGAUUUAAGUAUUGAUACGUCUAAGCUUAUUUUUUUAUGCCUAUUGAUGCAAUUUAUAUACAUUAUUUUAACGAUAGGAAGUAAUGAUUGUUAAAUGUUUCUAGGGAUAUAAUCUGAUUGUAUUAUCAUAAAUAUAUCGUUUUUUUUUAACUAGUUGACAUGUUUAAAUUUAACAGAUUUUGUUAUAUAUUUACUUUUGUGAUAAAAAUGUCUACACUGCCAUUUUUGCGCAUACUUCUCCAUUUUUGUUUUAUUUUUCUCUGACAUUGUUAAAAUGGUAUUAAUGUAAACAAUAAUUAUUAUAAUUUCUAAUGUAUUUCUAUAAAAUGUAUAACAAGAUAUAUUGUAAAGCUUUAUACUCUACAUGCGUAUAUGACAUUAUCUUGACAACUCUGUGAUAAUUAUAUUAGUACUGGUCGUUUUAUACUGGUUAUGAAAUUUACAACUUACCGGCUGAUAUAGUAGGGAUAUUAUUCUAUGAGCGUAUAGAUUGUACACGAUUGUAGCAUUAUUCAAAUGGUGACGAAGAUUCUAAAGAAAAACACAUUAUUUUAUUCAUAGUGAUCAAGAAAUUAAUCCACAGGGAACUUUGUAUGGGACGUAUAUAUCGACCAAAAAACGAAAAAAAAAA